AUGGCGGCGUACAUGAGCGUGACGCACCGGGACGAGGAGGGCAAGAAGGUGACGGAGAAGAUGCCGAUCCCGGAGACGCGGCGCCCGGACACGGUGAAGCACUUCGAGCGGAAGCUGGAGCAGCAGGGCUUCAACCGCUUCGAGCGGCACCCGGCGAACGCGCCUCGCGGCGUGGGCAUCGGCGCGCCGCCUCCCAAGUCCGGGCGCGGCGGCAAGUUCACCUGGGAAGGCCCCGGCGGCGUCGUCGAGGGCCAGCUCGACCCCGCGCCGCCCGCCAUCGACCCCAACGACCCCAACUACGAGGAGGGGGAAGAGGGAGGGGAAGCGGACGAGGAGGUGGCUAGGGAGGUGAUCGUCGGGGAGGUGGAGGUGGCUAAGGUCGCCGAGAGCAGGGAUGGCGUCGCUAGGGUCGACGUCGCGCCGCCCCUGCUCCAGGACCAGAAGCAGUAUGACUUUUUUUUUUUAUCUUAG